AUGGCGGAACCAAUUCCAUCGGCAUCUACCGCCGCGGCGGACGCCGCAGACGACGAAACCUCCCAAAACCUGCCCAACAACGCCGAGGACCGCAAGGCCGCGGCGGCGCUCAAUUCUCUCAAUGCCAACGAGAUGUCCACCGAGAACGGGGAGAGUGGCACGAGACAGCCCUCUGCGGCCGACCAAGAAGCACUGGGAAAGGCCAUGUCGAGACUGGAGAUUGCCAGCGGCGUGGGAAAGAAAAAGGAGGACACGACCAAGACGCAGGCGAAGAAGGAGGUCGAGGUGAAAAAGAAGGUCAAAAUCGCGGCCGAGGAUGUCAAUCUUUUGGUCGAAGAGCUGGAUCUUUCCAAGACCAAGGCUACCGAGCUGUUACGCUCGCACGACGGAAAUGCUACGUUGGCAAUCAAAGCCUUUAUCAUCCCUGCUGCUCGAGCUUGA